AUGAAAUCAGAUAAAAUUGAAAAAAGCUGGAUUGAAAAAAAGCGUUUGACCGCAUGGGACAUUGAUGAGCCCUGCCCGGCCCGGCCCGCCCUGGCCAACCCCGCUCCACCCGCCUUGCCCCGCUUCGCCUUUCCCCGCCUUCGCCUGCACCCCGCUUUGCCCCGCCCCGCUUCGCCUCGUCCACCCAGCUCCGCCCCCUCCCGCCCCGCUUCCACUCGCCUCGUCCCGCUUCCCCCGCCCGCUUUACCCGCCCGCUUCGCCCCGUCCCUCCCAACUCCGCCCCACCCCGGCUCCACUCCCACCCCACCCCCCGCUCUGCUACGCUCUGUGCCCCGGCCGCCGUUCUCUGGCCGCACCAAGCGCACUACGCCGCCGCGGGGAGAAAGCGUCAGUGGUGAAGAGGCCGGUGUGGCUUACUCAGCUGCGAGGGCCAAGCGUCUAGCGACAAGCGGCGGCGCGCCUUGUGUCGUGGUACAGUGCACUGUCCGCCGCCGUCCCAGAAUGGACGUGCUGAUCGCUAUCCUCGCGUUGCUGGGCUGUGUGCUGCUGGGCUGGCUCUUGGCCGACAGCUUAUGGAGCUUGAUUUUGGGCUGCAAAGCCCACGUGUGGCCUCACAUAAAAGGGCCCGAUGCAGAUCUCGUGUCCAGAUUCGGUAGUUGGGCAGUUGUGACAGGUUCAACAGAUGGUAUCGGCAAAGCUUAUGCUAUGGAACUAGGAAAGCGCGGAGUGAAUAUUGUUCUAGUCAGUAGAAAUAAGCAGAAACUGGAAGAGGUUGCAAAUGAAAUAGAAAGAGAGUGCCAAGUGAAUACAAAAGUAGUAGUAGCAGAUUUUAGCAAAGGACAAACUGUAUUUGAUUAUAUAGAACGCGAACUAAGAGAGAUACCUGUAGGAAUCCUGGUAAAUAAUGUAGGAAGAAACUAUACUCAUCCAAUGUACCUUGCUGAAGUACCAGAACAGGAAUUGUGGGAUAUUUUGAAUAUUAACAUUGGAGCAACUACAAUGAUGACUCGCAUGAUAUUGCCACAAAUGCAGAAUAGAAAACGUGGAGCAAUUAUAAAUGUUUCAUCUGGGUCAGAGUUACAACCCCUUCCUCUAAUGACAGUCUAUGCUGCAUCAAAAGUUUUUGUAAAGAGUUUUUCAGAGGCUCUGAGAUAUGAAUAUCAGAAAGAUGGUAUUACAAUACAGCAUCUUUCACCAUUGUUUGUGAACACCAAAAUGAAUGCAUUUAGUCAUAGAUUACAGACCAAUAGUGUGUUUGUGCCAGAUGCAAAAACAUAUGCUCAUAAUGCUCUCAACACUUUAGGAAAAGUAAAUAGCACCACUGGGUACUGGGCUCAUGGAAUCCAGUAUGCCUUGACAAAAAUUCCACCAGUUUGGAUUCGGACCUAUAUAGGAGGACUAAUGAAUCAAGUAUUCAGAAAGGAUUAUUUUAAAUCCCAGAGUAGUGAAUUGUAAGGGAUCUAUUAAAAGACAUUCAGACAUUUAUUUUUGCGUGAAAUAAAUGGUGUAUUUAUUAAUUUCCUUAAAGGAUGACACCUUGAUGUGCAUAUUGUAUUUUUUGUGUGGAAAAGGUACAAAUAUUUGAUCUGAAUGUGAUGAGUCGUUCCUUUGUCUACAUAUGCUUUUCAUUUGUAACAGUAUGGUAUUAACUGAUUUUAUUUGAAGAAAACUUUUUUUUCCCUAUUUCCUUCAUUGAGUAUUGAAAAAAUGAUUUAUUGCUAGUACAUUUUCAAGUAAUAUAAUGACUACCAUUCUUCAUGUAAAAUUAUCCAAAAAAAUAUGUUCAUGAAUGUGCAGUGAAAAGCCAGUCAUCUGACAAAUUGGAAUUAAAAGAUUACUAGAUUUAAGUUUUAGUUACAUGUUUGGUUCACCAAGAGUGCAACUUACAUGCAAUCAUAUUACAUUAUGUGUUUGUUUUACCUUUCUCAUUGAGAUUUGUUCAUAAGUGUUUUUGAUGUUCAAGAACAUAGUUUCAUUUAAUGUGGAUAGUCUCGUUUAUGAGAGAAUGUCCAGUCUCGUUUAUGAGAGAAUGUCCAGUGUUAACUAUCAUUAGACAUGAAUUAAUGUUACCUGUGUGUAUAUACUAAAAUCCAUUUAGAAGUGUAUAUUAAAUAAUAAUACUGUCAUUUGCCCACAUAUAAUCAUAAAUAUCUUUGUAAUACCUAAUAUUACAUAAUAUGAAAUAUAAAUAUCCAUGUCUUUCUGUAUUUUACAAAAGAGCAUUUAAAAUGCAGACGUAUCAGAAAAUUGCAAUUGCAUUAUUUUCCUCUAAUGCAAACAGGUUUUCUCAGUUGCUUUGAACAAGAAAUAAAGUUAAAAUUCAAUGUAUUUUGUCAAGACCAUCAUCUCAGUGACAAAGACACACAAGCAAAUAAUUAAAUAAACUCUGGAAUUUUAUCAGAGAAUCAUAAAUAAAAUGUUAAUAGUGAGAAGACUGAUUAUUUUUCAUUUCUUUUAUAAAUUAAAUGAUUAGAAAGUUUUUUAGAAACAUGAGUAUGCUGUAUGCAAGAAUGUUGUUAAUGUUAACACAAUCAUUAUAACAACAUGAAAUCUUUUUAAAUGUUUAAUUUUGUUAAUUUCCAAGAAACUCUGUAUUUCAGACAAGUAUAUUAACCUUCAACAAAUAUGC